AUGUCUACAUUAAUAACCGGGACGUACGACUUUUUGAUAUCUUUGGACUUCUCCAUUUAUCGUGUGAACAAAAAGGAAAGGGCGGCCGAAGUUCGAAUAUUUAAGACACCUGAUUUGGAUCAAAAGAUAUUUCCUGGUAUCGAUUUUCCUGCUACUCUUGCAGCUACCUGGAAAUUUGCUAUGGAAACUCCAUUAUCACCGUCUUCCUCUUCCGAAAUGAUGGCAGGUCACGAGUCUCUCAAUAUCGAGAAGACAAAGUCUAGACCCGAGUACGCCCAUCCGAAUACUCUCGUUCCUGUUCAAAGUAAAAUCGAACAUUUCAAUUCGCGCCCUCGAGAGUAUACUUUCAUCGCAAUAAUAUGUAUGGCUCAAUUUAUGACGCAAGCCGCAUUGGGUCAAGCGAUUGCUCCGCUACAUAUAAUUGGAUCUAGUUUUGGAGUUACAAAUCCUGGACAGUUGAGUUGGUUUGCUGCCGCAUACUCACUGACGGUCGGUACAUUCAUUCUUAUUGCGGGACGACUAGGAGAUCUCUAUGGCCACAAAUUGCUCUUUAUAAGUGGUUUCUUUUGGUUCGCACUCUGGUCACUACUAGCUGGUUUUAGCGCUUACUCGGAUGCAAUUUUUUUCGAUGUUGCUCGUGCCCUUCAAGGAAUUGGACCGGCUUUUCUUUUGCCGAAUGCUUUAGCAAUACUUGCUCGUAUCUAUGAGCCAGGAAGAAAGAAGGAGAUGAUUUUUAGUCUUUUCGGUGCCACAGCUCCAACAGGCUUUACUCUUGGUGCAACUUUCUCAAGUAUAUUUGCGGAAUUCGUUUGGUGGCCUUGGGCCUACUGGGUCGCUGCUAUGGUAUGCGUCCUCCUCGCUGUAGUAGGCAUUAUUGUCAUUCCUCACACACCUCCUCCACAAUUUGAUCGUUCAGUUAGCAUGUUCAAGCGAGCUGAUGGCCUUGGAGCCUUGACUGGAGUUGCAGGACUGGUUUUGGUUAACUUUUCAUGGAAUCAAGGACCAGUAAUUGGUUGGACCACCGUUUAUGUCUAUGUUAUUCUCAUUAUUGGGGCUCUUGUGCUCGGACUGUUCGCGUUCAUCGAAUCUCGUGCGGCCUACCCAUUGGUACCCUUUGGUGCGUUCAAUUCUCACACUGGUUAUACACUUGCAUGUAUUGCAGGUGGAUGGGCUAGUUUUGGAAUCUGGAUCUUUUAUUUCUGGCAACUAUUGGAGGAAAUCAGGGGAAUCAGUCCACUUCUCGUAUCAGCAAUGGUCUCGCCUACGACUAUUAGUGGACUUUGUGCAUCGUUGACUACGGGAAAGAUUCUUAGCAAGGUUCCAGCCAGUACUGUGAUGAUGAUUGCUAUGACUGGUUUUCUCAUUGGAUCAAUUCUGAUGGCCACGGUUCCUAUCAGUCAAACAUACUGGGCACAAACGUUCGUUGCAUGUCUGGUAACUCCUUGGGGAAUGGAUAUGUCAUUCCCAGCAGCAACGAUUCUCCUGAGCAAUUCCAUGCAUAAAGAUCAUCAAGGACUUGCCGCUUCUCUUGUCAACACUGUUGUCAAUUACUCAAUCUCAAUCGGUUUAGGUAUUGCCGGAACUGUAGAAGUUCAGAUCAAUAACGGCGGAAAGAACCCAAAAGAUCUUUUGAAAGGAUAUCGUGGAGCUCAGUAUGUAGGGAUUGGACUUGCGGGACUGGGCGUGGCUUGUUCGAUUUUGUUUUCGUUGUCGGAGAGGACGAAGAGAGCCAAGGAUAGGAAGGAGGAGGGGCGAAUAGAGGAACCUUGA